GCGAUCCGGCAGCGCCACACGAAAAUGGCGAACACGAGCACUGCGAUGAACGACGAGCUGAAAAAAUAAUUAUUAUUUUAAAUUCCGUUUUGCCAGCGAAAUUCGGUGCGUGCGCGAAAAAGAGUGCGGAAAAGCGCGGUUGGGAGUUCUGCAAGCCGAGUUCCAGGCGCCUUAUGCGGCGGUCAAAGUGCGGCGCCAAUGCAAGCGGUUAGCCAAGAUGGUUAAAAAUAUGUAGCGACAGCAGCGUGCCAGCCCCAAGAAAAUCAAAUAGAAUCACAAUUUAAGUUUCUGCCUUGCGAAUUAUGAAAAACCAAUCGCAAUGCGUGUGUGUGUGUGUACGUGCGGUGCGUGCGCGCGUGUGUGCGUGAGCGAGCGUAGAAGCCAGAGGCGCAGUGGCAAAUAAAAAUAAAAGCGAACCAAAAUUUAAUAAAAAAAAAAACCGAGGAAGAGGCGGAAAAAAAAGGUGAACAAACGAAAAAGAGAGGAAAAAAACACAAGAGAAGCAGCAGCAAAAACAACACAAAACUGGCGGUAAAUACGCAUGCAGUACAAAAAGAAAGAAGCAGCAGCGGCAGCAGCAACAAAAACAAGCAAACGCAACGUAACGGGAACUCUUUGACGUAUUUCCUCUAUUAUUAUGCAAAAAGGCAGGCGUCAAAUUGCAGCAGCAGCGAAAAUCAAAUAUAAAUAGCGAAAAGCAGGAUAUAGGAUACUUACACGCCACGUGUUGAGCACGCCAAAAGCCAUCAACAAGAGCCAGCAACAGGAAUUCAACAGGGAAGCUUGAUAGGGAAGAAAAAUCCAUUAAGAUGGCUGCGGUACGAGGACAUCAGUACUUCAGCCUGCGCUGGAAUAACUACCAGAACACGAUGACGUCAGUGUUCCAGCAGCUGCGCGAGGAUCUGUCCUUCGUGGACGUCACCCUGUCCUGCGAGCACGGCUCCCUGAAGGCGCACAAGGUUGUCCUCUCCGCCUGCUCGACGUAUUUCCAAAAACUACUGCUCGAAAACCCUUGCAAGCACCCCACAAUCAUCCUGCCCGCCGACAUCAUCUUCACCGACCUGAAAACCAUCAUUGACUUUGUUUAUCGCGGGGAAAUCGACGUCACCGAAUCGGAACUACAGGGCCUCCUGCGCACCGCCGAGCAGCUAAAGAUCAAGGGCCUCUGCGAAACCGCCGAGAAUGCGGAUGACCUGAACGACGCGGCCACAGCAACAAUCACAGUUUCGGAGAACAUACAGCAGGCGGUCGUUGGCAAUAUCGUAAACGCCAGCAUAGUGCCCGGAGCCGCAUCGCCCUCCCUGGAACAGCAGCAGCAGCAACACCACCAGCAGCAGCAACAACAGGCACAGGAGCAGCACCAGCAGCAGCAACAGCAGCAGCAGGUGCAUGCCCAGCAGCAACAGCAACAGCAGCAGCAACAAAUCCACGCUGCCCUGCUGACGCAACACGGAGUGGCCAGCGGAAGUGUUUCCCUGUCCGGUCAAUUGCUUAGCUCCUCGGCCAGCGGCAGCAGCGGAAGUUCAGCCGGCGGACAGCAGGCUCCACAGACGCCCUCAUCCGGUUUGCAGCCCACGCCGCGCAAGUCCCGACUAAAGCGCUCCAAAUCCCCGGAUCUGCCAUCGGGCGGAGCAGGCAGCUCUGGUGGCUCAAGUAGCAGCGCAUCGCAGCAGCAACCGCAGCCGGCGCACCACCAGCACCACCACCCGCAGACCAUCCUGAUCCAGGGCCAGAAUCCCAACUCCAUUGUGAGCCUACAGCAGACGGCCGACGGCAAUUAUAUACCAGUGUCGGCCACCGGCGACGAUUCCGACGUCGAAGAUCACGAUCACGAGCACACAGGACAUCACCACGGAGGACACGGUCACGGCCACGAUCACGAGCACGAGCACGAUCACGAGCACAGCCACGAUCACGAGCACGAGAGUAAGCCGAAUAAGAUCUGCAAGACCGAGCAGUCGGUGGCAUCGCCGGCGUCCAAUUCAUCCAGCGGCUCGAACAAUGCAGCGGGCGUGAGCGGCGUGACCUCCACCGGCCAAGCCAUCGUCACACAAAUUGUAGUAGCGCGCGACGGAAAAGAUACAAAAAAUAUGACUAGUUUAGGCAUGGGCAUGAACGGCGGCCUGUUGGGCGUGCCCAUGGGAUUCCUGGACUUCACACCCGAGCCACCAGCACCAUCUGCCACCCCAGUCACCGUAACGGAGCACGUCGAUCUGUCCUGCAACCCCAGCACGGACACGCGCGAUCUAUCAAAUCCCACCGAACCGCUCGAUAUAGACAAUCAUCUGGCUCAGCAGAUACAUCGGCUUGAUCAGUCCCCCAUGCACUCGAUAUCACAUCACCACACCGGCGAUGAGAGCAACUCGAAUAUGGUGCAGCACAUCAAAAGCGAGGUGAUCGAGGCCAAGCACCUGGCCGCUGCCCAGCAGCAUGCACUAAGCCAGGCCCAGCAGCAACAUGCCCAUCACCAGGCCCACCAGCAGCAACAGCAGCAGCAGCAACACCAACAGCACCAGCAGCAGCAACAACAGCAGCAACAUCAGCAUCUCCAUGCUCAGCAGCUGUUGGCCCAGAGUCAGUUGCAGCAGCAACAGCAGCAGCAGCACCAUCAGCAGCAACAACAGGCAGCAGCAGCCGCAGCAGCGGCAGCAGCAGCCGGAGUGCAUGGGCAACAUGGGGGACAUGUGACGCACGCCGAUAUCGGCGGUGCUACCGUCAUGGAGAUUGAUCCAAGCCAGAUUAAACACGAGCCGGGCAUGAUAAUAACGCCAGAGAUUGUCAAUAUGAUGUCCUCGGGGCACAUGGACAUGUACAACUCGGACACGAGCGAGGAUUCAAUGAUGAUCGCCAAUGGCUCGCCGCACGAUCAGAAGGAGCCGCACUAUACGAAUUUGGAUCAGCAGCACGGCAUGGGUGGCAGCGUUUGCGGCCCGGGGCCGGGCGGUGCUGGUGGUGGUGGGGGCAUGAGUGGUGGGGCUGGCUCUGGCUCUGGCGAGAAAGGUCAGUUUAAUGGUCCCAAAGCUUGGACACAAGAUGAUAUGAAUUCAGCUUUAGAUGCAUUAAAGAACCAAAACAUGAGCCUGACGAAAGCAUCCGCCAUUUAUGGCAUCCCAUCGACCACCCUGUGGCAACGUGCUCAUCGUUUGGGCAUCGAAACGCCCAAGAAGGAGGGCGGCACCAAGUCGUGGAACGAGGAUGCCCUGCAGAAUGCCUUGGAGGCGCUGCGUUCGGGUCAGAUAUCCGCGAACAAGGCAUCAAAGGCCUUCGGCAUCCCCUCCUCGACGCUCUACAAGAUUGCCCGGCGCGAGGGCAUCCGCCUUGCGGCGCCGUUCAAUGCCGCCCCAACCACGUGGACGCCCGAGGAUCUGGAGCGUGCCUUGGAGGCGAUUCGGGCGGGUAACACAUCGGUGCAGAAGGCCAGCGCUGAGUUUGGCAUACCCACAGGAACACUUUACGGACGCUGCAAACGGGAGGGCAUUGAGCUGUCGCGUUCGAAUCCAACGCCCUGGUCCGAGGAUGCCAUGAACGAGGCACUGAACUCAGUGCGCGUUGGCCAAAUGUCCAUCAACCAGGCGGCCAUCCACUAUAACCUGCCCUACAGCUCGCUCUACGGCCGCUUCAAGCGCGGCAAAUACGACGUGGUGGCCAACACGAGUGGCGUGGCGCUGCUCAACACCUCGGGCAACACCACCGGCAGCAUUGAGAUUAUCGAGCACAGUCAGGAGAAUUCGUUGCAUAUGUUACAGCAGCAGUUCCCGUACAGCCCGUCGCCGCAUCCGCCAACGCCGCAGCACCACAGCACUCCGCAGCAUCACAGUACGCCGCAGCAGGGACCGCCGACGCCGCAGCACAUGCAGCAGCACGUAGUUCACAUGCAACAGCAGCAGCAGCAACAGCAGCAGCAGUCGCCCCAUCCGGGCCACCAUCCGCAGCACAUGCAGCAGGAUGUGGUCACAUCGAGCAGUCAGGUGGUGCACAGCCAGCAGCAGCAGCAACAGCAGCAGCUCCAGCAGAUCUAUCAGCACCACGGGACGCCGGAGCGUAGUUGAGAAUCACUGCAUGCUGCGGCAAUAAUGGGCAGCACCGGCGGUGGAGGAGCAGGAGGUGGUGGAGCAGGAGGAGUGGGAGGAGCCAGCACUAGUGGCAGCACGGCGGCCAGCAGCACGCCCUUUGCCAGCAUAUCGGCACUGGUCAGCGGUGCGUCUAGUGCUCCACCCCCGCCGGUGGCGGCCAGUGGCUCGUCGGCUUCGGUCAGCGGCGGCACCAGCAAGCGCAAAAAAGCCAACAAGCAAAAGCGUUGAGAGCAGGAGGAGCAGGAUCAGCCACAUCAGCAUCAUGAGUUGGAAACAAUUGCCGGAGUGGCCAGGCCCGAGGACAUCAAGUUUAGAUUUAAUUGCAAGCACUGGAAGCGCAAGCUGCGGCAGUUUCAUUUGCUAUUGUCCAAACAGCAGUAGUCAGUCAGUUAGAAAGAUAUACUACAUUUAUAUAAAUGACCCGCAGACAAAAAAUUCCCAAGGGUGUAGGACAAAGCAAUCACAAAACUAAAAAAAAAAAACGGAAAAACAAGAAGAAACCCCUUUUUGAACUAGAUGGACAUUAAUUACACAACCGAGAUGUGUAUAAAAUGUAAAUAUAUAACGAAAUAUGCUUUAUCUACAUUAUACGGAACAUAGUUAUGUUAGGUAUUAGGUUCGCAAAAGUCCUUUGUUCUAGUUAAGUAAUUUGAAGAUAAACAACACAUACCUAGAUCGUAAGAGAAAAAUGAAUUUUAGAUUUGCCUAGACUCGAAAGAUGAAUGGAUUCGUUUUGGGCUCGCGGUUUUAAGAGCACUUUGUUAUCAAUGGACAUGGAUUUGAUUGGACUCGUGACCAUUUCUGAGAACCUUGAACUAAUUAAAAGGAGCUAAUAGUGCCCCCGCCUGCGUUUUGUUAUAAUUUUCGCUUAGUGUGAGACUGAAAGUGCGCCUAAAACUGUAGAAACCCAAGCCCAAAACUAUAGUGAACACACGCAUACAACACACAACCCAUACAUGAAUCAAAUGCUUUAUAACCAUAUAUUGUUUGAACGGAGAGAACGAAGGGGAGAAUACCUUAAUGUAGAGUUAAACCAAAUUAUCAAGGUCCUAGAAAUUAAACUCAUUAGCUUGUAAUGACAACAGAUCAGAUAAGAGAGUUAUUUGAAUUAAACUGGAGGCGCCCUGAAUCAACCACAUUUAUUUUGAUUUCAACUGAAUUAAGAGAGUAGCCAAUAAAUUGUAAUACAUAGUAAUGAAGUAAUUGCAAGGAAACAACACAUGGAAUGUAUUUUUGAUAGAACCAGAAAGAGGAAAACACAAGCAGCCGAAAUUACCGAAUCAAUCUGCAAAUGUUGUUAAUGUUAAGCUCUAAAUCUAAAUAAUGUCCUUUCGAAAUCGCAUUCAAAACAAAGAGUUAUAGUAAGCUUGUAAGAGAAAUCAACCAAUAAAUAUACACGUAUAUAUAUGGAUGCAAAAACACCUCUAAGCGAACUGUAAAACGUCUUAGUGUAGUAAUAAUAAACCCUUCCUUUAUUAAAGAACCCCUUAUUCAAGCGGUUUUUGGUUGCCCCCGAAAAGGAAGUAGACCUAUUUGUAUCUUUAACGAAAAUCGGAAAUAAAAUCUACAAGGAGUAACAAAUUAUAUUCAAAAUUUUGAAUUAGAAACUAAAAAAAAACGAAAAUGUAUAAUAGCUUCCACUAGCGUAUCUACAUAUUUAGGAAUCGAAGAAAAACGGAUCUGUAAUCACCCAUCUGAAGUAACUUCAACUAUUUUUGGUUUCAUUCUAAUUUUACGUGUGCGGAGAGCACUUGGAAAUCUUUGUAAAUACAUUUGAAUAGUUUCUUUAGUUGUUAGUUGACUUAGGGGAACAGGUAUCUGAAAAUUACAAAAAUCAAAUGUUGCAAAUUAAUUUAUUUUAGCGUUAUAGACCCGUAGAACUGAAUGCAAUAUGCUUACCUUAAACUCAACAUAAUUUAAUUCUAUUCCUAUUAUCUUUAGUUGGAUUCAUUUUAAUGUUUUAUAGCAAAACUGUAUAUCAUUGUACAUUAAUAAAAGCAUACGAAGUAGCAUCUACAAGAGUUAAAUCAACAAUAAAACAAAACAAAAAAUAUCAUUAUAACCUUGUUAAAAUUGUCGCAAGAGCAAUUAAAAAAUGAACCCAGCAACUUGAAGAAGAAUCGAAAAUGAAGGCGAAUCACAGAAGCGUAAAGAGCGUAAAAUAAAAUAUUACAUUUAAAAUUUUAAGAUAACUAAAUGUGUAAGAGUAACCCUUAACCACACAAUAUUAUAGCACAUUUUGGAUUAUCAAAUAUGCAUAUACAGCAAAAUAUCUAUUGUAAACGGUAAAUGUAAACCCAAAAAGAAACACUGAAAACAAUCUAUGUAACGGCCGAAAUAGCGAAAACCCAUGUAAUAAACAAACAACAUUUAAUGUAAUAUUGGUAUAACGUAAUUUUUAAAGUGAGGUACUAUAAAUAAAAAUUAUUAAAUAAUAUUAAAUACCUUUUAUUUCAUCUGAAA